AGCUGCCAAAGAUCCGCAUGCCUCGGCACCUGCGGGAGACCUACGUCAGGCGUGUUGGGGAUGCUGUGAACAUUAUGAUCCCUUUUCAGGGAAAGCCCCAGCCUGAGGUGACCUGGACCAAGGGGGACCAGCCUGUGGACACCAGCCGCAUCAACAUCCGCAACACGGCGACGGACACCAUCUUCUACAUCCGCCAGGCACAGCGUGCGGACUCGGGCAAGUACGAGCUCAGCGUGAGGAUAGAUGGAGCAGAGGACAAGGCCACCCUGGACAUCCGAGUGAUAGAGCCACCAGGUCCCCCCCAGAAUCUGAAGCUGGUGGAUGUGUGGGGCUUUAAUGUGGCCCUGGAGUGGGCACCUCCAGCAGACAAUGGCAACUCUGACAUCAAGGGCUACAGAGUGCAGAAGUCAGACAAGAAGAGUGGGAAGUGGUUCACAGUGCUGGAGCGCUGCACCCGCACCAGCUGCACCAUCUCCGACCUCAUCAUCGGCAACACCUACUCCUUCCGCGUGUACUCGGAGAACGCCUGUGGCAUGAGUGACAGUGCAGCUGUGGCCUCGGGGGUGGCACACAUUGAGAAGACAAAAACCACUUACCAACCAGAGAAGAUCCCUCAAAGGGACAUGAUGGAGCCUCCAAAGUUCACCCAACCCCUGACAGACAGAGCCACCACCCGGGGCUACAGCACACACCUCUUCUGCUCCGUCCGAGGCUUCCCCCAGCCCAAAAUCAUCUGGUUGAAGAAUCAGAUGGAGAUUCGGGAGGAUCCCAAGUACAUCGCCAUGAUCGAGCAGGGCGUGUGCUCCCUGGAGAUCCGCAAGCCUGGCCCCUUUGAUGGGGGGGUCUACACCUGCAAAGCUGUCAACCCCCUGGGGGAAGCCUCAGUAGACUGCAGACUGGAUGUGAAAGAUGGACACAGGGGCCUCUCUGUCCCCCUGGCCUCCAUCCAGCUCUCCUCAAAUGGGACCAACAAUACACCCUGA